CAGCAGCAGCAGCUGCAGGCGCCGCCGCCACAGCAGCAGCAGCAGCAGCAGCAGCAGCAGCAGCAACAGCAGCAGCAGCAGCAGCAGCAACAACAGCCGCAGCAACCGGACCCCGCGGCAGCGGCGGCAUGCCCCGCCAACAAAGGGGACGAGCCGCCCGUCAGCACGUGA